AUGGCGGAGAAAGAACAAGUAGAGGUCUACUGUAGUUUACACAAUGCCAACAAAUAUGGCAAAGAAGCAGAAAAGAAAAGAAUGGAAGCAAAGGCGAAUGGUAUUAUCGGCCACGAAAGUCUUGGAGAUUUCCAGAAAGACAUAGAAUACCAUGAACGACAUCUCAAAAAUUCGAAAGAAGUGGGAGAUAAGGCAGAAGAAGGAAAAGCGUACUGUAAUCUUGGCAACGCCUACUACAGGCUUGGAGAUUUUCAGAAAGCCAUAGAGUACCAAGAACGACACCUCAAAUGUUCAAAAGAAGUAGGAAACAGGGCAGGAGAAGGAAAAGCGUACUGUAAUCUUGGCAACGCCUAUUACAAUCUUGGAUAUUUCCAGAAAGCCAUAGAGUACCAUGAACGAGACCUCAGAAUUUCGAAAGAACUGGGAGACAGGGUAGGAGAAGGAAGAGCGUUCAAUAAUCUUGGAAUCAACUAUCACAGCCUUGGAGAUUUUCAGGAAUCCAUAGAGUACCAUGAACGACACCUCAAAAUUUCGAAGGAAGUGGGAGACAGGUCAGGCGAAGGAAAAGCGUACGGUAAUCUCGGCAACGCCUAUUACAGGCUUGGAGAUUUCCAGAAUGCCAAAGAGUACCAUGAACGACACCUCGAAAUUGCCAAAGAAGUAGGAGACAGGACAGGAGAAGGAAAAGCGUACGGUAAUCUCGGCAACGCCUAUAACAGUCUUGGAGAUUUUCAGAAAGCCGUAGAGUACCAUGAACGAGACCUCAAAAUUGCCAAAGAAGUAGGUGACAGGGCAGGAGAAGGAAAAGCGUGCAGUAAUCUUGGCAACGCCUAUCACUAUCUUGGAGAUUUCCAGAAAGCCAUAGUGUACCAUGAACGAGACCUCAAAUAUUCGAAAGAAGUAGGAGACAGGGCAGGAGAAGCAACAGCGUAUUGUAAUCUUGGCAACGCCUAUAAAAGUCAGGGAGAUUUGCAGAAAGCCAUUCACUAUUAUAAAAACAGUGUUAUAGCCUUCGACUACAUCAGAGGAAGUCUCAUAGCUAAUGAUGAAUGGAAAAUUGGCCUUGGGAGUACGUAUGAUAAUGUUAAUCUGAUGCUAUGGGUGCUGCAAUUUCUGCAAGGUAAAGUCGUCGAGGCACUUUUAACUGCCGAUCAUGGACGUGCACAAGCGUUAAAUGAUCUUCUGGAGUUCAAGUAUGGUUUAAAAGGGUCACGUUCAGAACUAGGAACACUGUCUGCAACAACACCUGACAUUCUAAGUUACCUACCAUCAAAUACAGCUUUCAUAGGGAUCAACAAAAAAGGAAUAGUUCUCUGGGUGAACGAGAAAGGAAAAGAAAUCAAAACCAGAGAAAGCGACAUCAAUAUCUCCAUUACAACCUAUUUUCAGUCUCUGCUAGCCCUGGAGACUACACGACAAGAAAUAGGAGUGAAAGCUAAUGUUAACUGUGAGGAUCGCUCAUUAAGGAACCAAAGCGAUAAAAAGUUAGCGGAAGAAAGAUUUAGUAAGCCAAGGUCUUAUUCCUCAUGUUUUGAGAGAAAGUCAUUACAAACAUGGUAUAAUGUUGUUAUAGACCCUAUAAGAGACUUACUCGACGGCGAUGAAGUUGUGAUUGUUCCACAAGGACCACUGUGUUUGGCGCCUUAUGCUGCUUUUAUGGACUUGAAAUCAAAGUACCUCUGCGAAACGUUUAGAAUUCGUCUGCUCCCCUCGCUUUCUAAUCUGCAAUUGAUCCAAAAUUGUCCAGCAGAUUGGCACAGUAAGACUGGCGUUCUUCUCGUCGGCGAUCCGUGGGUACAGGAGGUAACGACGCUAGAGCAGUUAGAGUGGGCUGAAAAAGAAGUGCAGAUGAUUGGGGAAAUACUUCAAACGGAACCUCUCGUUGGAAAGCAGGCAACAAAAGAUGAAGUUUUGAGACGUAUCUCCUCUGUUGCUUUGGUGCAUAUUGCUGCUCACGGUGAAAUGGAAACAGGAGAAAUUGCCUUGGCCCCAAACACAAACCCUUCAUCCGUGGAUACAGCCAGGGAGGACUAUCUCUUAACUAUGAAGGAUGUUUUAAAGGCGCAGAUUAGGGCAAGACUUGUUGUACUCAGUUGCUGUCAUAGUGCUUGCGGCGAGGUCAAAUCUGAGGGCGUGGUCGGUAUUGCACGGGCAUUUUUGGGUGCUGGUGCUCGUUCUGUUCUGGUCUCCCUAUGGGCGAUUGACGACGAGGCUACGAUGGAGUUCAUGGAAUUUUUCUACCGACAACUAGUCAAUGGAAAAAGUGCCAGUGAGGCUCUGAAUGAGGCCAUGAAAUCCAUGAGAGAAUCUGACCGCUUUAGUGCAGUGAAGUACUGGGCACCGUUUGUUCUCAUUGGUGACGACGUGACGCUCGAGUUUGAGGGCAUCAAAUAA